AUGGACGUAAUGCGCUUAUUGAUUGCCAACAAAGCAGAUGUCAAUACCGGCGAUCGACAGUGGCAGACUGCGCUGCAUGGAGCAGCAGGAUCUGGCAGGGUGGCUGCAGUGAGGCUCCUGUUGGAGAAUGGGGCGGACAUUGACACCCGGAGCUGGGAUGAUGCCACACCACUGCUAGCAACAGCCAAGGCCGGGUACGCAGACGUCGCGAGAUUGCUUCUCGGUCAUGGGGCAGAUCCAAACGCCUGUGGCAAAGACGGGAAAACUGCACUCCGUCAUGCGUGCGAAGCUGGCUAUACAGAAAUGGUCACGAUCCUCCUGGCAGAAGGCAGGACGGACAUAAAUGCGCGAAGCAAAUUUGGCACUCCGCUUGAGGCGGCGUCGAGACCUGUGGACGAAGAAGACAAGCGGCGUUUUCUCUUCAACUUUUCCGGGUUGAAAAGGACAAAGGCGAAGAGACCAGCGGACAGAAAGGCCGUCGUAAAGCUGCUAUUGGAACGGCGAGCUAUUCAAUGGCAACAGAGGGACAGGAAAGCUCUUUGCCUGACAGAAGUUCAAAGGCCCAGCUAG